AUGGGGGCACCGCAUGUUCUUUCAAGGGACAUUUAUAAUUUCUGCCAUGCUAAUAAGCAGGAGACAAUCAGUGCCGGUGAUGCAAAUACGGUGAUCAUGCACAUGAUGGCGAGGCGAGAGCGAGAUGUGGAUUUUUUCUUCAAGUACUUGGUAGACGAGCAUGGCCAUCUGAAGGGACUGUUCUGGGCUGAUAGUCAAUCGCGACUUGACUACGAGGCUUUCGGAGACGUCAUUGUUUUCGAUAGCACAUACAGAACCAACAAAUACAAUCUGCCAUUCGUGCCGUUUGUCAGGUUGAAUCACCACCGGAGCACUGUCAUUUUUGGCUGUGGUAUAAUUUCUCAUGAAACAAGCCAGGCAUACGAGUGGAUAUUGCGGACCUUUUCUGAUUGCAUGGCACAGAAGCAUCCGAUAUCUGUGAUCACAGAUGGGGACCUUGCAAUGCAGAGAGCAAUCAGGGUGGUCUGGCCAGACUCAAACCAUAGACUAUGUAUAUGGCACAUUCAGCAGAACAUUGUACGCCAUCUGCAUGAUGACGACGUAAAGGAGGAAUUCAGAUCUUUCAUUUAUGAUACUUCUUCCAUUGAAGAGCAUGAGAUAGAAUGGAUAUACUUCUUACAACGGAAUAAAGUAACCAGUGAGGAGUCUUGGCUGCAUCAGAUGUAUCAAAUGAGAAAGUUGUGGUGUGCUCCAUAUCUUGAGGGGCGUUGUUUCCUAGGAUUGAGCAGCAAUCAGAGGAGUGAGAGCUUGAACUCUGUGCUACAUACGCAUCUUGAGGGUAAGAUGUCGUUGUUUGAAAUGCUAGAGCACUAUGAGCGUUGCCUUGCGUCGCGACGGAUUAACGAAGCUCUCCAUGACGUCGAAGCCUUGCAGUCUGUUCCAUUUACAGAGGAAAAUGCUUCGUCACUUGAGAAACACGCCGCAACAGUUUUCACACCUAGUGUCUUUAAGAUGGUCUUAUGGAGCAUAGAUGCUGUCAGCAAAUGUCAGAUCAGAGAGAUACUAGAUGGAUCAGAAGAUUCCACUUAUGUUGUGUCCAAGCAGGAAAGAAUGGAUAAAAAGUUUGGAGUGCGCAUUGAAGAGCCAGGAGCACAACAUCAUGGCAAGCAAUCAAGUUUUGAACAAGCUGACAGCAAGGAGUCAACUAAUGCUCAGCAUAACAACAUUAGGUUUGGCCCGUUGAUGCCGCACUCGGAGAAAGUUGAUAAGGUUCUGGAUCCCGUGGAUGUGCCAGGCCGAGGUGCACCGAAGAAAAGGCUGCAGGCAAAGACAAAGAAGUCAAGAUCACAGAAUAUCUGUGGCUAUUGUAAGAAUCCUGGUCACAAUCGACGUAAAUGCGCUAAAUUGCUAGAGGAUCUCGAGGCUGAACUGUGA